GUUGGAUGUUUGAUAAGAUAAAGCGGAUAUGUUGUGCUCCUUAAAUGAAUGAAUUUUGCUGUAAAUAAAUCUUAGUCUAUUUAAAGUGAUACAAUGUUCUUCUUUCUGUUAUUUCUAUCUAUAACUGCACUUUCACAGUUAGUACAUGAGCAUUCCAAACCUGUUCCAUCAUUCCGAAUCAUCCAUGGAAGGGUUGCAGGCCUACAUUCUCAUCCAUAUCAAGUUGGCAUUUACGUAACGGGAAAAAUUCAAUCCCAGUUUUGUGGCGGAUCAUUGGUAUCGAACAAUUAUGUUUUGACAGCAGCACACUGCGUUGAAGACGUAAAUGCACUAAGCAUGGAACUGAUCUUCGGAGCGCACAACGUCACUGACAAGUCCGAGGAAACUCAAGUGAGACGGAUUUCCACAGAAUUCACUGUUCACCCUGGUACGCUAGCAGGCUGGGGCAUAACAUCCAAUACCCAAAACACAGUAACCCCCCUUCUCCAUGAAGUGAACAUGACCAUAAUGUCAAACGCAGACUGUGCUGCAGUUUCUCCCAGCUACAAGGCGUUCAUAAAGCCCAGCUUGCUCUGCACUUCAGGCCUUGAGAGCGGCGUGAAAGUGGGCUUCUGCAAGGGUGAUUCUGGAGGGCCGUUGGUAGUUGGAAAGGGUCCUGACAGUUGGCUGCAAGUGGGAGUCGUGUCUUUCGGGCAAAGUGACUGCGAAAAGGGGCUGCCUUCAGUGUUUGAGAGGGUCGCGAAGUAUGUCGAUUGGGUAAAGGCUAACAGCGACGUUGUAGUUUAG